CCAGUCACUAGAUCUUUCCUCCCCAUUAUAAAGACCUCACUUCCUUGUGAAGUUUUCCCAGUUGACACUUGCCGCACUCAUUGCAAGCUCUCUCUCUAGCUCUUUCUUUCUUCCUAUACAAAGCGUGCUCUCUCUUUUUCUGUCAAUCUUUCCUAAUGGCAACAACAACUGAACCCAAGGCAGAAGCCAAAGCUGAACCAAAAGAAAUUGAAGAAAUUUCUCAGCCUCCUCUCAAAUACAAGACAUGGGUUUUGAGAGUCUCUGUUCACUGUGAAGGCUGCAAGAAGAAAAUCAACAAAAGCUUAAAACAAAUGGAAGGGGUUUACAAAACAGAGGUGGACAUGAGGCAGCAAAAACUCACAGUAACAGGGAAUGUGGAAGCAGAGACUUUGAUCAAGAAGUUGACCAAGUCAGGGAAACAUGCAGAGCUGUGGCCUGACCCGAAAGCUAACAAUUCAAACGAAAAAAAGAAAGGUAAAGGGAAAAACAAAGAGAAGCAAAGUGACUCUGAAGGCUGCGAGGAAAGCAACCACGGUGGCCCUGGAGGUAGUGGUGACAAUGAAAAGGAGACUGUCAAAGUUGAAGUUGGUCAUGCUCAAGGCUCUGGGAACAAGAAAAAGCAUGAAGGUGGUGGUCCGGCUGGUAAUAAGAAAGCUGAUGGGGGCAAUAUGGUCAAACCAAAUGAAGGUGGUGGCGCACCCGCUAAAACUGGCGGCGGUGGGCAAGUCAAAGAGUCAAAGCCUGAGGUGGUGAGGCAGGGUGGGAAUUUACCAAAUCAUCCACCGGUUGCCGAGAAGAAAAGCGAGGGCGCUGAAAGUGAUUGCGAGGUUGAGAAAAGUGGUGGAGGUGGCGGCGGUGGAGCUAGUGGCAGUGGAAGUAAAAAUAACAAAAAGAAGGGGCCAAAGGGGAAUGCCAAUGCUGAAGAGGAUGAAGGUGAAGAAUGUGUUGCUGCUCCACCAAGCACUGGAUCACCAAAUCAUGGCAAUGUGCCACGUGGACCAAGUGGCCCCCAUGUUCUUCAGGAUCCACGUGGCCCACGUGUGCCUCAGGGUCAGGGCCCCUAUGUGCCUCAAGGGCAUUUUGGGCCUACUGGGCCUUAUGGGUCCCAUGGGCCUCGUGGUCCACCCUAUGGUCCUCAUGGACAAAGCUUUGCUCCAGCUCCAGCCAAUCACAUUGCUCCAGCUCCAGCCCCAGCCAAUCACAGGCCUCCACAGCAACAUGUGUAUGAGCACCAAUACCCAAGGCACAGGCCUCCAGUGCAAGCUGUUCACUACAAUGCUAGCUUCCCCACCAAUGGCUAUGGUGCAUCUCAUUACAAUACACCAGCACCUAACUCAAAUUCCUUCACUGAGACACAGCCCCCAUCCUAUCAUUUGGACAACUAUGCAUCUCAGCCGUACUAUCCAUAUCAUCAGCCAUCCUACAACUUACCACAGCCGUCCGAUUCCUAUGGGUUGUUCAGUGAUGAAAAUCCCAAUGGGUGCUACAUUAUGUGAAGCUUUGUGGUGCAAAAAGAGAAGGGAGAUUAGGCCUUCUACUUAGCUUGUAUAAGUGCUUUUGGGGAUGCUUUGUUAUGUGUUAUGCAGCUGGUAAUGUGGAUAUGGAAGGAAGCCUAAUCUAAGUUUAGGGGAAAAUAAGUGGGGUUUAAGGUGGGGUUCUAGGGCUUAGGGUACUUUUAAGUAGUUGAUCUAUGUGCUUUAGCUUUGUUUAGUACUUUUUUGUCUUUUGCUCUUUUAAUUAUUAUUAAAAGAGUUAAUUAACUAAGUAGGUUCCUAAUUGUCUGUCUCAGAACUUCUUUCUCAUGUGUAAAAGUAGAUUUUGCAAUUUAGCUUAUUAUUAGAUGGUGACUAA